AUGGCUUUUGGUGAAAUUGACAAAUUAGCUGUUUCUACUAUCAGAUUACUAGCUGUAGAUGAAGUUGCUGCUGCCAACUCUGGUCACCCAGGUGCUCCAUUAGGUAUGGCCCCAGCUGCUCACGUUGUUUGGAGUCAAAUGAACUUCAACCCAAAGAACCCAGACUGGAUCGCCAGAGAUAGAUUUAUCUUAUCUAACGGUCAUGCUGUCGCCCUACUGUACGCCAUGCUACACUUAACUGGCUACCCUCUAACCAUUGAAGAUUUAAAACAAUUCAGACAAUUAGGUUCCAAGACCCCAGGUCACCCAGAAUUCGAAACUCCAGGUAUCGAAGUCACCACUGGUCCAUUAGGUCAAGGUAUCUCCAAUGCUGUCGGUCUUGCAAUUGCUCAAAAGCAAUUUGCCUCCACUUACAACAAACCAGGUUUUAAAUUAUCUGAUUCCUUCGUUUACGUUUUCUUAGGUGAUGGUUGUCUACAAGAAGGUGUUUCAUCCGAAGCUUCUUCAUUAGCUGGUCACUUAAAAUUGGGUAACAUUAUUGCCAUCUACGAUGAUAACAAGAUCACAAUCGAUGGUGCCACCGAAGUUUCCUUCGAUGAAGAUGUUGCCAAGAGAUACGAAGCUUACGGCUGGGAAGUAUUACAUGUCGAAAACGGUAAUGAAGACCUUGAUGCCAUUGCUAAGGCCGUCGCCAAGGCUAAGAAAUCUACAGACAAGCCAACUUUAAUCAAGAUGACCACUACUAUUGGUUACGGUUCUUUAAUGGCUGGUUCUCAUGCAGUUCACGGUGCUCCAUUGAAAACAGAUGAUAUCAAACAAUUAAGAACUAAAUUCGGUUUCGACCCAGAACAAUCUUUCACCGUUCCACAGGAAGUUUACGAUUUCUACCAAUCUAAGAUUGGUAACCCAGGCCAACAGGCUAACAAUCACUGGGAUAAAUUAUUCUCCCAAUACCAACAAAAAUUCCCAGAAUUAAGUGCUGAAUUAGCCAGAAGAUUAAAGGGUGAAUUACCUGCUGCUUGGGAAAAGGCCUUACCAACUUACACCGCAAAGGAUUCUGCUGUUGCCACCAGAAAAUUGUCCGAAAUUGUAUUAGAAAGCAUCCAUGGUGAAUUACCAGAAUUGAUUGGUGGUUCCGCCGAUUUAACUCCAUCUAACUUAACUAGAUGGAGGGAAGCUGUCGAUUUCCAACCAGAAUCUUCUAAGUUAGGUGAUUACUCCGGUAGAUAUAUUAGAUACGGUAUCAGAGAACAUGCUAUGGGUGCUAUCAUGAACGGUAUCUCUGCUUUCGGUGCUAACUACAAGCCAUACAGUGGUUCUUUCUUAAACUUCGUCUCUUACGCUGCUGGUGCCGUCAGAUUAUCCGCUUUAUCUGGUCAUCCAGUUGUCUGGGUUGCUACACACGAUUCCAUUGGUGUCGGUGAAGAUGGUCCAACCCAUCAACCUAUCGAAACUUUAGCACAUUUCAGAGCUUUACCAAACAUUCAAGUCUGGAGGCCAGCCGAUGGUAAUGAAACUUCUGCUGCUUACAAAGUUUCAUUAGAAUCUAAACAUACUCCAUCCAUCAUUGCUUUAUCGAGACAAAAUUUACCACAAUUAGAAGGUUCUAGUAUUGAUAAGGCUGUUAAGGGUGGUUACGUCCUACAUGAUGUUGCUAACGCAGAUAUUACUUUAGCCGCUACUGGCUCUGAAGUUUCCUUAUCUGUCGAUGCCGCUAAGGCUUUAGCUGCCAAGGGUAUCAACGCUCGUGUUGUCUCUUUACCAGAUUUUUUCACUUUCGAAAAGCAACCAGAAGACUACAAGUUAUCUGUCCUACCGGAUGGUAUCCCAGUAUUAUCCGUCGAAGUUCUAAGUACUUCCUGUUGGGGUAAAUAUGCUCAUCAAUCUUUCGGUAUCGACUCCUUUGGAGCUUCUGGUAAGGCUCCAGAAGUUUUCAAGCACUUCGGUUUCACCACUGAAGGCGUUGCUGAAAGAGCUGAAAGGACCAUUGCCUUCUACAAGGGUAAGGAUGUUAUUUCUCCAUUAAGAAGAGCUUUCUAA